UGCAGGAGCCUUAACUGCUGCACAGAGACUCUAGGAACCACUGUAUCACAAGUUCUUGGUGGUCCUCGGUGGCUGCUUCUUUCCCCUAGCGAAGAUGCCCCCAGCCAAUGCCUGCCAGUGGCUCCGAGUGAGCUUGCCCUAUCGAGCCACCACAGCCGCCUCUACUUGCAUCAGUUUCCUCCUCCUCUCCAUCUCCCUGCUUAGCCCCUCCUGGAUGGAAAUCAUUGUCCCAGACACGAACGGGCCUCCUAACCCCAUGGCCAACAAACUCUGCAACAACGUGGCCUGCACUCAACUGAGCAGGAGCAGCGGUAUCAUGAGAGUUUCAAGAAUCCUCCUGGCACUCGCUACGGUCACUGGCUUCGUGGCAGCCAUCUCCCUCCUCAUCUCCUGCCAGUGCUUGAGGCGUUGUGGGGGACCUUCCAACAUGCUGGUGUCCUCAGCAGCAAGCUUCACCACAGGCAUCUUCGGCUUUGUCACAAUGGCCUCAUACACAGUCGACAUGACCCAGAAAGAUUUGAGUUCUGUCGGCCACCUUCACUUCACAUGGAGUUUCUGCCUCGCCUGGCUGGUGUUCACCCUCUAUGUCAUGAAUGGUUUCUUUAGCUUGAUGACACAUUUGCUGACCAUACAAACUGGCAGCGAACAACAUUUCAACACAAUCCUCUUGGAAGGGAGGGUGCAGCAACCUGAAGCUGGGGACCACACAGCUAUGGAGCUGUCAGUUCUCCAAAGUCAGGGACUGGCUGCUCCACCUGCAAGAAGCCCCCUCCCAAGCCCAUCCCUCUGUCUUCAUUCCACCAUAAUCUAAACUCUUCAACCUGAUAGUUUCUCAUUUCCCUCCCAUGCUAUUUUUUAUUUUAUUUUAUUUUGAAUCCGCAUUGUCUAUUAAAAAAAAUUAUCCAUCCUA